AAAAACGACCCUCUCAAUCAUCGAACACCGUCCAUUCAACUCAGCUGAUCCUCAGCGCUUAACCUCGAGGUCAGAUGAAUCCGUCAGCCGGGGAUCCCUUCCGUCCAACGGGCACCUCGCAUCGCCUGUCGCUUCCCACGUCCGGUGACUCAUCCGCCAUUCCCCGGCGCUUCUUUGCCGCCACCGUUUCGUUAGCGACCCCAAUCCCUGUCCGCCAUCCAUCCAAUCGUCCCUCUCUCUCCACAAAUAUGGACAUCUCAUCGGCCCCCUCGCUCGCAAACAUCCUACAGUCUGGCCCCUGAUAUAGCAUCAG